AUGACUCUCUCAAAACUCGAACAACCCCCACCGCCACAUGAACCGCCGUCGCCAUCCCACUAUUACACUGAUGUACCACUCCAACCUCCUGAUGAAAAUUACGUCGUUUUGCGCCACUACUCCCCUGGAGGACGGCUCCGCUGGUGCGGCUACCCGGGACUAUACACCGACACGGCUUCCUUCCUCUUGUUAGCUGCUACCUUGUUGUACAUUUUCUGGCCCUCCGAUCCCGCUAUUAAACUCGUACGGGUGCAUGUGAACCACAUGCAAAUCCAUACCAAACCCAUUAUAUCGUUGGAUAUCUCUUUGUUGAUUACUUUGAAAGUGAAGAAUUCCGACGUGUACUCCAUGGACUUCGACAGCUUGUACGUCGCCGUCGGGUACAGAGGGAAGAUGCUAGGACAAUUAUAA